UUGCUGUUGAUAUUUCAUCAUCGGUAUUGGAAACAAAGAUAAUAAUGACAAACAAAUUUUCAUUGUUUUCACAGUAGACAGUAGAUAAAAGUAGUGCCACCGAUAAAAUAUCGUUUUUUCGGUUUUUGAUCGUCGCAUCCUUUUUGGGUACAAUUUUCUGAGCGUAACAUUGUUAUUUCCGUUUGUGAGUGAUAACUUCCCUCCACACAAAUCUAUCGGUGGACGAUAAUAAUCGAGAAUACUUUUUAUUUGACUAACCGUAACCGUAUUAAUGAAAGUUAGACCAGUUCAGUUCCUUGUAGUAAGCGGACAACAACGAUUUCUUUUACUUUAAACGUAGUGUCCAUGUAAAAUAUUUUCAGAAAUGGAACACCACAACCACGACAUGCACGAACCGCUGGACCACAACAUGCAUCAAGGGAUGGGUCAUAUGGGCCACGAUAUGGGCGGCACAACCAUGCCGAAACAUGAUAUGAUGAGCCAUAUGAUGUCCAUGGCCUUUCACACUGGCUAUAAUGAAACUGUGCUUUUUGACCAAUGGAAAUUCUCAACCAUUGGUGGUUUGAUCGGUUCUAUGAUUGGGAUUUUCUUCAUGGCAGCUCUUUACGAAGGCUUGAAAUACUACAGGGAAUACCUGUUUUGGAAAACCUACAACGCGCUACAAUACAGGGCCGUUACGCUUCCAGAAAAGGGGGUCGUGUCGGAAGACAACCAGAUUGUCCAUAUGGUGGGAGAAGUCAUCCAUAAACAACCACCAACGAUGCUGAGCGGCAUGCACUUCUACCAAACGCUCCUGCACAUGAUUCAAAUGGUCCUAUCGUACUUUCUGAUGUUAAUUUUCAUGACGUACAACGUAUGGUUGUGUCUAGCAGUAGUGAUAGGAGCGGGCGUUGGUUACUUCCUGUUCGGUUGGAAAAAAUCUGUAAUAGUCGACGUGACAGAACACUGCCAUUAGCGAUAGUUUGGUAGCAUAGUGUUAAGUACUAUAUUUUAUUUGUCUUGCCAGUGCAUUAACUAUGAUUAAUUGGAUGCAAGACUGACAUUUGUUAAGUGCCUGCAUUUUAAUUUUUGAAAGUACAUAACGAAUUUUAGCUUUUUAUUAUCAAGACAUCCAUAUCACGAAUUUAUGAACAUUUUCUAUGUUAUUAAGGAAUGAAAUUACGAAAUCGCAGCCAUGUUUUGUAAUUUUAUUGUUCUCAUUUUUUGAAGUUACAGUAUGAGAUUACUAGUUAUAUUUGUUUAAAAGUAUUUAAUUUCGUAACUUCAACUAGUAUUAUUAAAUAAUUGUAUAUACGGUGAUUUUUGUGAACGUAAGGAAUAAAUAUGUGCAAUUCUGA